AUGGUUGGUGAUGACGUUGUAUUGCCCUGUCAGCUGGAGCCUCCUGCAGAUGCUACUCCAAUGAUCUUUGAGUGGGCAAAACCUGACCUGGACCCCAGAUUUGUCUUUGUGUGGCACAAUGGUCAAGAACUUGUGGUGGAUCAAAACAAGGCCUACAAGGGAAGAUCGUCGCUGUUUAUCGACAGACUGAAGCACGGAGACGUUUCACUGAAACUCUCCAAAGUGAAAAUCUCUGAUGAGGGAACAUACAGAUGUUAUUUUCCAAAACUGAAUAAAGAAUAUUUUGUUGAGCUUCUUGUCGGUGCUGUCUCCUCAACUGGUAUCAGCUUAGUGGGGACUGACAGAUCCUCUAGUGGAGUGGUGUUACAGUGUGAGUCUAAAGGCUGGAAUCCAAAGCCUGAUGUGUUCUGGCUGAACCGUGAGGGAAACCUCCUCUCUGCUGGACCUACAGAGACCAUCAGAGGUCCUGAUGGUCUCUAUACUGUCAGCAGCAGAGUGACUGUGGAGAAAAGACGCAGCAACAACUUCACCUGUAGAGUUCAACAGGACAACAUUAACCAGACCAGAGAGACACACAUUAUUAUUCCAGAUGAUUUCUUCAUUGCUCCAUCCAGUUGUGCUGCUUCUAUCACCACCAGUGUGUUGUUUAGCAUCAUGUUUAUUCUGGCAGUUGCUAUUUUUAUCUGGAAGUGGAGACAAUACAAACCUGAGAACAAGAAGCAGAGGAAUGAACUUCAUCCUUUGAUGGAGGGAGAAGGAAAUAGAGAGCAGCUCCUGACAGAAAGCAAGAAAAUUGAGGAUUUGCAGCUUAAAAUUAAUAAACAGUUACAGAAGAAAGUAGAAGAAAAGAAUGACUUGGAGAAGCUGAUUGAUGAACUCACGAAACAAAGGGAGGAAGUGGUGAGCCAAAAGGAGCAAAUAAAUGUCAACAUAGAGAAGGCAGAUGAAAUGGAUAAGGAGAACAGAAAAAAGAUUGAUGUACUGGACAAAGAAAUAAAUGACAAGGAGGGAGAUAAAACAGCAAACAAAGCACAGGGAUACUUAAAACUAAAAGAAAUCAUCUCACAGGCCAACUGCAUCCAGGAUAAGAAAAAAUAUGAACAAGAGAAACUGAUAAUGUAUACUGAUGAACAAAUUCAGGCAGAUAUAAAGUUUAAUAGAAUGAUAGACAAGAAACAGCAAUCUCAGUCUGUCAUGACAAUGGUUGGUGAUGACGUUGUUUUGCCCUGUCAGCUGGAGCCUCCUGCAGAUGCUGCUCCAAUGAUCCUGGAGUGGGCAAAACCUGACCUGAAACCCAGAUUUGUCUUUGUGUGGCGCAGUGGUCAGGAACUUGUGAUGGAUCAAAAUAAGGCCUACAAGGGAAGAACGUCGCUGUUCAUUGAUAAAAUGAACGACGGAGACGUUUCACUGAAACUCUCCAAAGUGAAAAUCUCUGAUGAGGGAACAUACAGAUGUUAUUUUCCAAAACUGAAGAAAAUAUUUUUUGUUGAGCUUCUUGUUGGUGCUGUCUCCUCACCUGGUAUCAGCUUAGUGGGGACUGACAGAUCCUCCAGCGUAGUGGUGUUACAGUGUGAGUCUAAAGGCUGGAAUCCACAGCCUGAGGUGUUUUGGCUGGACGAUGAGGGAAACCUCCUCUCUGCUGGACCUACAGAGACAAUCAGAGGUCCUGAUGGCCUCUAUACGGUCAGCAGCAGAGUGACUGUGGAGAAGAAAUACGGCAACAACUUCACCUGUAGAGUUCAACAAGACAACAUUAACCAGUUCAGAGAGACACACAUUAUUAUUCCAGAUGAUUUCUUCAUGGCUCCAUCCAGUUGUGCUGCUUCUAUCACCACCAGUGUGUUGUUUAGCGUCAUGUUUAUUCUGGCAGUUGCUAUUUUUAUCUGGAAGUGGAGACAAUACAAAACUGAGAAUAAGAAGCAGAGUAAUGAACUUCAUCCUUUGAUGGAGGGAGAAGGAAACAGAGAGCAGCUCCUGACAGAAAGCAAGAAAACUGAGGAUUUGCAGCUUAAACUUAAUAAACAGUUACAGAAGAAAGAAGAAGAAAAGAAUGACUUGGAGAAGCUGAUUGAUGAACUCAUGAAACAAAAGGAUGAACUGCGGAGCCAAAAGGAGCAAAUAAUUGUCAACAUGGAGAAGACAGAUGAAAUGGAUAAGGAGAACAAAAAAAAGAUUGAUGUAGUGGACAAAGAAAUAAUUGACAAGGAGGGAGAUAAAACAGCAAACAAAGCACAGGGAUACUUAAAACUAAAAGAACUCAUCUCACAGGUCAACUACAUCCAGGAUAAGAGGAAACAUGAACAAGACAACCUGAUAAUGAACACUAAUGAACAAAGGAACAUAGAUAUAAUUUUUAAUAGAAUGACAGACAAGAAAAAGCAAGUAGAGAAUAACAUAGAGGAAAUUAAUGAACAACUGGAGACGAUCAACAGACAAAGAGAGGAGAUUCAGAAGAAACUUGAGUCAGAAGAAAAAGGGAAGUAG